CUAGCACAGGUCAACUCGGGGCGACGACGAGCAGCAAUCGCAGCCAAGCCUCAUGAGAUAAGGCGCCCUUGCGUGGAAGAAACAAAAACGCACCUGCACACAAAGCGUACCGCAUGGAUCGAGAACGAACGCCCGUUCACCCCCAUCAUCGCCGCCAUGUCGGCCCACACGAGAUGCUCCUUGCCUCCACGCGCACAGCCGCCUACAUCGUCGACCUCGCGGCGCUGCUGGCCAUGGGAUACUACAUCUGGCGCUGGCCGAGCACUGCUGGCUCCGCAGUCGGUGGCCUCAUAGGCUGUGUCGUGGCGGCGCUGAACGACAGCUGGGAGAUGAUUGCGCAGCUCGACCCCACGCUCAACUUCCCGCCCAUCAAGGCGGCGCGCGUCGUGGUGCACGACCUGCUCAGCCUGGCGGUCUGCGUGGGUGGACUCAUGCUUCUGCUUUUUAUGGAUCUGCGCGAGAGGAGAGAGGCUGAGGACCCUGCGUACGACCGCGUCAGCGACUGGGACACUAAGAGGAAGGUGGUCAUGGUGGCGCAGUGGCUGGUUGGGGCAGUUGCGAUUAUGAGAUUGGGCUUCGUGUUAUGGAUCGGCUGCAUUUGCUCCAGCGAGCGGCGACGAAUCGUAGAACGACGACGGCGACGACAAGAACGCAGGAGGACGAGAAGAGGACCGACAGAGCGAGACGAGUCCGAGGCACGCUUGGCGGAGAUGGGCAUUCGCGUUUCACGAUGAGUAAAUCUUCUAAUGAGAAGCUGACUUUGAAUUA